UCUCAUUCCGCGCAUUCUUCGCAUCUCUCGGUGUGUCGGCGAUCCGCGCUCGCAUUCCCGCCCGGCCCUGAACCGCCACAAUAACUUUACGCACUUUGCAAAAAAAAUAAAUUCUCACAUAUUAGAGCAAAAAAAAAAAAAAAAAAAAUCAAAGGGGCGGAGCUGUUUGUAUAAUUAUAUCCAUUACGGACGUUAAGUUCGCCCUGCCGGAAGUUGCUGAUCUCCUCGGAACGUUUCCGAAGCGGUGCGAAAACACAGCGCCGGGGAGAGACUUGUUGCUUGUCUCGCGUCUUUGCCGUUUUCUCCUUCUUCUUCUUCUUCUUCUUCUUCUUCUCUUAAAAUCCUCACCGUCUCGCCCUAGUGUGCUCCAGGCUUCGGCUUGGAGGUCCCAACCGCCAAAAUUGAUCCCAGCAGCUGGAGCGGCAGCGAAAGUCCUGCCGAGGACAUGGAGAGGAUGAGCGACUCUGCAGAGAAGCCCAUGGACAAUGACGCCGAGGGUGUGUGGAGCCCUGACAUCGAGCAGAGCUUCCAGGAGGCGCUGGCUAUCUACCCACCCUGCGGCCGUCGCAAGAUCAUCCUCUCUGAUGAAGGCAAGAUGUAUGGUCGGAACGAGCUGAUUGCCAGAUACAUCAAACUACGGACCGGGAAGACGAGGACGAGGAAGCAGGUGUCUAGUCACAUACAGGUCUUAGCAAGAAAGAAAGUUCGCGAAAUCCAAGCCGCCAUCAAGGUGUCUAGUCACAUUCAGGUUCUUGCCCGGCGGAAAUCUCGCGAGUUUCAUUCCAAGCUAAAGGUCACGAGCAUGGAUCAGACCGUGAAGGACAAAGCCCUUCAGAGCAUGGCAUCCAUGUCCUCAGCACAGAUCGUCUCCGCCACGGCCAUCCACAACAAGCUGGGCUUGCCAGGCAUCCCUCGACCCGCCUUCCCCGGAGCGGCUGGGUUUUGGCAGGGCAUGAUAUCCACGGGACAGCCAGGAUCCUCACAAGACAUCAAGCCGUUUGCGCAGCAGGCCUACCCCAUCCAGCCCACCGUCACAACAGCGAUUUCAAGUUACGAGUCCACAGCAGCACCAGCACCCACAGUACCAGCGUGGCAAGGCCGCUCCAUCGGCACCAGCAAGCUCAGGCUGGUUGAAUUCUCGGCUUUUCUGGAGCAGCAACGGGAGCCAGACUCGUACAACAAGCACCUUUUUGUACACAUCGGUCAGACAAAUCACUCCUACAGCGAUGCUCUGCUGGAGUCGGUGGACAUUCGUCAGAUUUAUGACAAAUUCCCUGAGAAGAAAGGAGGGCUGAAGGAGCUUUUUGGCAAAGGCCCUCAGAAUUCCUUCUUCCUCAUAAAGUUCUGGGCCGACCUGAACUGUAACAUGCAGGAGGAAACCGGGGCCUUUUAUGGCGUCACCAGCCAGUAUGAGAGCCCGGAGAACAUGACCAUCACCUGCUCCACUAAAGUCUGCUCAUUCGGCAAGCAGGUGGUGGAGAAAGUGGAGACGGAAUAUGCUCGCUUCGAGAACGGCCGAUUCGUGUACCGGAUAAGUCGCUCCCCCAUGUGCGAAUACAUGAUUAACUUCAUCCACAAGCUCAAGCACCUGCCUGAGAAGUACAUGAUGAACAGUGUGCUGGAGAACUUCACAAUCCUAUUGGUGGUCACAAACAGAGACACACAGGAGACCCUGCUGUGCAUGGCGUGUGUGUUCGAGGUGUCGAACAGCGAGCAUGGUGCUCAGCAUCACAUCUACAGACUGGUGAAAGAAUGAAGCUCGUGCCAGCUAGCAGAUCUGUCCUAUAGACUCUGAACCUCAAUUUAAAAGAAAAGAAAAAAAAUAAACAAAAAAAAGUGGCAGUGCCUCUAGUUCAACUCUCACCUGCAGCGAUUCGAGCUCUGAUCCGGGUGACGCUUAUUGUUAUUAUUAUUAUUUUUUUCAGUCUUUAUUAAUGUAUAUGUGUUGAUGUUUUGACUGCAGCUGUGAAUCACGGUACAGUUGUAUUAUGUUUUGAUACAGGAAAGAAUCAUUUUAAAGGAAGCCUAAUCCACUUUUUCUCCGUAGGUUGUGUGUGUGUAUAUAUAUAUAUAUAUAUAUAUAUAUAUAUAUAAAGUGGCAGUAUCGCUAGACUUCGAGGUCGGCUUGAAUUAGAGAAAGACAAUGUUUUAGGUUUUAAUCCUAUUAUAAUGUACACCUUAACAGCAGAUUUAGCCUUUUAGGUUCAUAUCAAAACAAUACCGUCUAUGAAUGUGUACGUGUCUGUGUAUAAAUGUAUAUACCCGCAUUCCUUUAGGCUUUCCAAAGAUUAAAAAAAAAAGAAAUCUUUCAUUCUGGAACAUUCGAUUGAUUUAGAGAGGAAUAACUGUAAAGGCCAUCGAAAUAAUAAGAAUACAGUUACUGCAUUUCGGCAUCUGUAGCAUUCAGGGAAUUUAAAAGUGCAGCCCUUGGAAAAAAUAAAAAUAAAAAUCUCACGUGUCUCACCCGGCAAUAAAAAAUAAAACGUAAGCAGUACUCUAUCUACUACACUGCAAAAAAUCUGAAACUAUCCCGUUAACGUCUUAGUGGUCAAACCAGUCACUAAGGGUGCUUUCACACCUAUUCAUCCGUUUGUCGAAUCCAAAUCGGACACUUCUGGUGUGUUUCUGCAGUUUGUCAUCAUUCAAAAACGAAAGGGCUGAAAACGUGUUCGAUUCGUGACUCACGUUUCUCAUUCAUUUGCCAGAAUUAAGUGGAAAUGAGUAGAAAUGAAAAAUUUGACUCACGUCUGAGUUUAUUAUCUUACCGUGACACCGGUCUCUUUUUUUUCCCCCUCAGCACUGUAUGGACACAAAAAUAGGAUCUUUUCAAAUCAGACCUGAGCCACAGUCAUACACAGUUCUAGAUUGGAUGCGUAUCCAAUGAGUGACCAUGUGGUGUGAGUGAAACCUCAGCGCGGUAUUAAUUCGACUUCCUCGAAGUGCUCAUGUACAGAUCGUUGUCAGUAUGUCAGCAGAACAACAAUGCAGGACAGCGAGAGUGACAGCCGCGACUGUGUUCAGUGGACAGGUAGAAAAUUAGAUCUUUACGACGUACGCGGUGAAUCGAUUCAAGCAAAACUGGAAGGAACAUGCUGAAACAUAGAGAGUAGAGAGUUGGCUGUAAGAAAUCUACGUGAUGUUUCGGUGGACAGAUGAGGGUCACUAGUGUGAACAGUCACACAGACAGAUUUGAUCUGCCUAGUGCAAUGAACAGUAAACAGAUUCACAUCCGUUUUUUCGAUUCCGAGUCGAGUCACUACACUCGGAUCACUGCACACAGAUUCUCUCGUCCUGUUAAGCUUAUUAAUUUUUUCUCCCCCCACACCUGAUUACUGUGUUCUCACCUGCUUAAAGAACCACGCCGAGGGCGAAAACACAGCCGGGUUCGAUUCAAACGGACUAAACGCUGCAUGUGUGAAAGCACCCUAAAAGCAAGAAAGCACUACACAGAACACCAGAGGCGAGCUGAUUGUCAAAAUGUCCCGAGCACUUGGAUUCUUUUGGGACAUGCCUUAUCAAGCGAACCUACCUUUUCAGUCUAUUUGACGAGACACAAUCAUAUUAUCUACAGACAUCAGGGAAGAUCCUUUCAAAGCUCGUCCUUUAAUCGCGUACCUGUCCCGUUUUGAUGAGUCCUCUGCUGCCUUUAACCCCCGACACCAAGCCUCUGUGGCCUCCUAAAACUGCGAGCCUUAACCAUGGCUGUGAGAGAUUUGUUUUGUUUUUCUUUCCUUUAAAAAAUAAAAGAAGAAAAAAACGAUGCCACUAAAACUGUGAGCUCUUUCCUAAGCUGGAAGACUUUUCACGUCCUCGUCCCAUGUCGUUCCAUGGAAGUGUACAGUCACAGAGCUGCCAAAGCGUAACAAAGCACAGUGCCUUAACGGAUGCCUGCGUUUGCGUGAGCUGAGAAAACACUAAACUCAUCGUUUUGUGGUCUAACGAGAAAAGACUAGCGUGGCUAGUGUGCACGUCA